AUGGCAGAUUCCAACUACAGCUUCUCGGAGGGCUUCAUUCUGAUGGGCGUAUCUGACCAUCCGCAGCUGGAGAUCAUCUUUUUCAUAGUCAUUCUCUUCUCUUACUUGCUGACCUUGCUUGGGAACUCAACCAUUAUCCUACUUUCCUGCCUGGAUGCCCGGCUCCACACCCCCAUGUACUUCUUCCUCAGCAACCUCUCGUCCCUAGACCUUGCUUUUACUACUAGCUCAGUCCCCCAAAUGCUGAUCAACUUAUGGGGACCAGACAAGACCAUAAGCUAUGGAGGCUGUGUGACCCAGCUCUACGUUUUCCUCUGGCUGGGGGCUACUGAGUGCAUUCUGCUUGUGGUGAUGGCAUUUGACCGCUAUGUGGCAGUUUGCCGGCCUCUGCACUACACCACCAUUAUGAACCCUCGGCUGUGCUGGCUGUUGGCUGCCAUUGCAUGGUUGGGUGGCUUGAGCAACUCUGUGAUCCAGUCAACGUUCACUCUGCAGCUCCCAUUAUGUGGGCACCGGAGGGUGGACAGCUUCCUGUGUGAGGUGCCUGCCAUGAUCAAACUGGCCUGUGGAGACACCAGUCUCAAUGAGGCUGUGCUCAAUGGUGUCUGCACCUUCUUCACUGCUGUCCCUCUGAGCAUCAUCCUGAUCUCCUACUGCUACAUAGCUCAAGCAGUGCUGAAGAUCCGCUCGGCGGAGGGACAGAGAAAGGCCUUUAAUACGUGCCUCUCCCACCUGGUGGUGGUGUUACUCUUCUAUGGCUCAGCUAUCUAUGGCUAUCUCCUUCCGGCUAAGACCAGCAGCCAGGACCAGGGCAAAUUCAUUUCCCUCUUCUACUCUGUGAUCACACCAAUGGUGAACCCUCUCAUCUACACUCUAAGAAACAAGGAGGUAAAGGGGGCACUAAGGAGGCUGCUGGGAAAGGGAAGAGAACUUGGCUGA